AUGUCGUCCGGAGCAGCGCCCUCGCGACCUUCCGGUGACCGGCGCACAUCAGCUAUUCAGAAACGACAGUCAAUCUUGCCGAAGCCUGCGUCUAUCGUCCUCGAUCCUUCCGUUAUCAUCGCCCAACACGCGCAGUUGACCGGUACACAGCCAAUCACGAUUGGCCCGAAUGCAGUAUUGCACCCUCAUAGCAGGAUAUCAAGCACACUUGCUCCUGUCGUUCUUGGCGAGGGGGUUGUUAUAUAUGAGAGGGCGAAGGUGGGCGUGGGAAUUGGUAACGGUACCGAUGCCAGCCUUCGAAGAAGCAGUACGGCCUCUGCGCGAGACUCAAUACGAUCGACUAGAGGGGAAGGCACCGUCCUAGAACGGCAUGUAGUCAUAGAGACUGGGGCAAUUGUUGAAGCAGCAGAAAUCGGAGAAGGCAGCCUGGUCGAGGCGGGUGCAGUUCUUGGGAGGGGCUGUGUGAUUGGCAAGUACUGUACGAUAACAUCAGGCACCAUCAUACCGGGCAGUACAAGUUUGCCAGACUAUACAGUUGUUUAUGGCGGCACUCAGCAUCGUAUUGAUCAAACGCUCAAAGCACGUCCCGAGUUGCAGCAGGCCAGACUUAUCAUGCACGAAAAGCAAUUGGAGGUUUUCAAGAAGCUUAUCACCAAUCAUAUUGCCAAAUGGAUGUAA